AUGGCUAAAAUGCUGCUAAUCUUCACUUGUGUAACACUCGUCCACGAAACUUUGUGUGGUCCUAUUGUAGACCUGAAUUGCACAUACAUGUCAUUUGAUGCAGCAAACGCAAAAUAUGAAGCAAAGUUCUCUGAGAAAGCAGUGAAUUGCCCGAAUGUGCUUUCGGACUCGGUGUGCAGCAAAUUGUAUGAUGUUAGAGAAGCCAAAGUAGAUGAUGCAAAUGAUCGGGACGAUAAGUGUUAUAAGGCUGCAGACCCAUCCUUCAAGGAGGCUGCGAUCAGCAAUUGUCCUAAAAGAUGCGGCUAUUGCUGUCUCACGCCUGAGUACAAUUGUCCGAAUAGCCAGUUUCCUCGCAUUAGCUGUUCGGUCAUCACUCCGAACAUGUGCUAUAGUUCCGCUUGGAGGAACAUAAUAGAGGAGGACUGCCCCAGUGUGUGCGGAUUUUGUAAUUCAGGAAACUGCUUUGAUGUAGCUCCGAAUUGCGCUAAGGACAUAUCAAUCUGUAGAAGUAUAUUCAUGCAGGACUUCGUAAAGGAAAAUUGUAAGAGGACUUGCGGUUAUUGCUCCCAGACAGGUGCGACUACAGCAGCGCCUUGCGGGUCGGAUCCGAAUUGCGUGAACUGGGUGAGAAACGGAUUUUGCAACAGUAUCUUCUACACCCAAGAGCAGAAGAGACAGUACUGUGGCAGAUUUUGCGGGCUCUGUUGA